AUGGACGAGGCGUUGAAUGUCAGUUAUAUCACUCUGGGUGGGUAUGUGGACAUGGAUAAGUACAGAUAUGUUUACUGUGUGGUUCUUUACGCUGUCUUCACGUUAAUCCUCUGCUGUAACUCCUCCAUUAUUUUCCUGAUCGUCAAACAUCCAAACCUACAUGAACCCAUGUACACCUUCAUCGCCGCUCUGCUCAUUAACUCGGUUUUAUUCAGCAUCAUCAUCUACCCCAAACUUUUAAUCGACACUUUCUCCGAGAAACAAACCGUCUCUUACGCCGCCUGUCUCUUCCAAGCUGUUUCGUACUACAUCGUGGCCUACUCGGAGUUCUUACUGUUGUCGGCCAUGGCCUACGACAGGUACGUGUCGAUAUGUAAACCUCUGCAGUACGCAGCCAUCAUGAAGAAGACGACAGUGAACGUCUGCCUGGUUCUGGCCUGGUUUGUUCCCGUCUGUGAGGUGACAGGAGCGGUCGCUGUGAACUUUAACAUGGAGCUCUGUAAUUUAACUCUGAGAGGGAUUUUCUGCAACAAUUCUCUGUACCGUCUGUUCUGCGUUCGCACUGAAGCGCUGUCCGUUUACGGCAUGGUGCUUCUGUUUAACCUCGGCCUCCUACCCGUGCUCUUCAUCCUCUUCACCUACGGCAGGAUCCUCCUCAUCUCCUAUCAGAGCUGCAGAGAGGUCCGAGUCAAAGCCGCACAGACCUGUUUACCACAUCUGAUGGUUUUAAUCAACUUCUCCUGUUUCUUCACGUUCGAUGUUUGUAUCGUCAGACUGGAGUCAAAUAUUCCCAAAACGGCUCACUUAAUGAUGACGUUACAGGUGGUUCUGUAUCAUCCGCUCAUCAACCCGAUCAUAUACGGGCUCAAAAUGACGGAAAUAUACAAACACCUCAGGAGGCUCUUCUGUUAG